AUGUGCGUAUCUGUCAGGGACUAUUACUGCUAUAGGCUGCAGACGCGUCCUGCCAUAUUCAACCCCAUACUGCAUGGAGGACGAUUGUUCCAGCAGUUUGCUGUAGACAUGUACAUCAAGAUUGAGGGUUGCAGGUUGAACUGGUUCAGGGAGCACCAGAAGGAGAUACGUGCUGAUUUGUAUAAAGGCAUUGUUGAUAGCAUCGCUGCAGGAGAAUCUCGAGAUGCCGCUGUUGGCAUAAGGACAGUGCUCCCAUCUACCUUCAAUGGGGGUUAUCGAGACAUGAAGAAGAGACAUAUGGAUGCCAUGGCACUGGUGCAAACGUACGGCAAGCCUGACAUUUUUCUAACAAUGACUUGCAACCCAAACUGGCCGGAGAUAGUUGAUGACUUGAUGCCUGGCCAGACCCCGCAAGAUCGACCAGAUCUUGUUGCCCGUGUUUUUAGAGCCAAGCUGGAGGCCAUGAAGGAGAUUCUCCUCAUAAAUCACAUCCUCGGUGUUGUCACAGCACAUGUAUAUGUCGUCGAGUUCCAGAAGAGAGGCCUCCCCCAUGCCCAUUUCCUGUUGAUCAUGGAUUCAACAUAUAAGCCCGUUGUGCCAAAUCAGUACGACCGUGUCAUAUCUGCCGAGCUCCCUGACAAGAAAAAGUACCCGGAACUCUAUGCCAUGGUCGUAAAGCAUAUGAUGCAUGGCCCAUGCGGAGUUCUCAAGCCCAACAACGUGUGCAUGCAAGAUGGGGUGUGCAAAUGCAGAUACCCGCGAGCUUUCAACGAGAACACCGUACAAGGGAAGGACUCCUACCCUGUUUACCGCAGACGAAAGGACGGUCGUCACGCUAAGGUCCGUGGUCAGAUUCUGGACAACAGAUGGGUUGUGCCCUAUAACCCAUACCUUCUCCGCAUGUUUAACUGCCACAUCAAUGUUGAGGUCUGCUCAAGCAUCAAAGCUGUCAAGUACCUUUAUAAGUACAUAUACAAGGGGCACGAUCGGGCUUCGUACAACAUCGACCAACCUGACAAUGACGGUAACAUAGAUGAAAUCAAGAGAUACAUUGACGCAAGGUGGGUUACUCCGGACAAGUCCCAGGUCACCGCACGCCAGGAAGAAGCGAUGCUCGCCCGUCGCUACUCCCGCAACGGCGGUUCCUUGUGGCGCAGAACUGUGCGCAUCGACAGAGCACAACAGCAGCGCGAGAAGAGGAGGUGA